CACACCAGAGGAGCUUCGAGAACGACGGCACCCAUUGCACCCCAGGGUGGGACAGCUCCCCUGGCAGCAACGGUGGACUACAGUUACCAUCUUCCUCAGAUAGGAUGUUUCUGUGGGCAGGAAGUAAAGCAACAGAUGGAAGAAGUGACCACAGAUCCAUUUACCAGAAGAUCCGUGAAUAUGAAGUCCUGGACAAGAGGAAGACGGUGACCGCUCUGAGGGCAGGGGAGGACAGAGCCAUACUACUGGGCCUCAGCAUGGUCUUCUUCUCUGUCAUGAUGUACUUUGUCCUGGGAAUCACCAUACUGCGCUCCUACUCCGACCGUGUGUGGACAGACGAGGCUAGCUGCACGAUCAUGAACUCCACCAUCGUGUGGGACGUGAACUGUUCAUACAGCUGUGGAGCAGAAUGCUGGAGGAGUUCCCGGUACCCCUGUCUUCAGGUCUAUGUGAGCCUCAACUCUUCAGGAAAAGUGGUACGGCUUUUUCACAAUGAAGAGACACCAGACAGCAACCCUGAGUGCUUCUACACCCCAAAGUGCCGUAAGGACUACGCAGCCACGCAUGUGAUAGUUCAGAACAUUUCGGAGCGUCUCAGGUCUAAACACACAGUUCAGUGUUUUGUGGACCCUACAGACAGAAUGGACGCUGCCAUCCUGACACAGCUCUAUGGCCCAGUUGCCGUCUUCCACUCUCUGUUCUGGCCAACCUGCACCUUGAUUGGAGGAACCAUCAUCAUUGCCAUGGUGAAGCUGACUCAGUACUUGUCCAUCAUGUGCGAGAGACUAAGCCGCAUUAAAAGGUGAAAGGUACGGCUGUAAACUGAAAGCAAGUUCCCUUUUAAAUGAACGUGGGGACAACUGAAGCUGCUACAUGGGGCCAAGACUGAAGGUCAAAGAGGAAGGAAAGCAGAGAUGUGGUCUGUCUGACACAGCUGGAAUUCUGGGUAUAAUUCACGCAUCAGUGAGAAUCUAA